UCCCGGCUGCUGGAGUUCUUGCAGUUCUGCAACCAAUUAUAAAUACACGCAUUAAAUAAAGGCUGUAACAACGAAGGGAGGAGGAGGUGGUGGGAGAGCAGAGGAAAACGCGUUUGACCAUGUAAAUGAAAAGCCGUCGGUCUCUCCUCCCGUCCACCUCAGACCAACCACCGUAACUCCAGGAAACAAAACCAAAAAAAGCAAGGGAAUUUCCCAUCCCAUAUCUUUUUCUGAACAAGGUGAGAGGAAGAGAAGGCUUUGGUCCAUUCCAUUUUUCAAAACCAACCUUCUUCCUUCACAAUAUCAUCAUCUGGAGCACGUCAUCGAACACCUUGAAAUGGUAUGAUAUAAGCUUGAAUUAUUGAUAGUUGAGGUGGAGGAGAGGAGAGGAGGGGGAGGAAAUUAUUAAGAUGAUGGGGGAUGGGGUGAAGCUGAUCCUGGCGAAGCCGAUUCAGCUGGCGGACCAGGUGACCAAGUGGACAGACGAGGCCCAGUCGUUCAAGCAGGAGUGCAUGGAGGUGAAGGCGAAGACGGAGCGCCUCGCCGCGCUCCUCCGGCAGGCCGCGCGCGCCGAGCUCUACGAGCGCCCCGCCCGCCGCAUCGUGGUCGACACCGAGCAAGUCCUCGACAAGGCAUUGGCGCUCGUCUCCAAAUGUCGCGCCCACGGAUUGAUGAAGCGCGUGUUCACCAUCAUCCCCGCGGGGGCGUUCCGCAAGAUGUGCAUCCAGCUCGACAACUCUAUCGGCGACGUCUCCUGGCUCAUCCGGGUCUCCACCGCCUCCGCCGAUGACGACGACGGCCACCUCGGACUCCCCCCCAUCGCCCAGAACGAGCCCAUCCUCUUCCUCAUCUGGGAGCAGAUCGCCACCAUGUACACCGGCUCCCUCGACGCCCGCGCCGACGCCGCCGCCUCCCUCGUCUCCCUCGCCCGCGACAACGACCGCUACGGCAAGCUCAUCAUCGAAGAGGACGGCGUCGGGCCGUUGCUUCGUCUGGUUAAAGAAGGCCGCGUGGAGGGCCAGGAGAGCGCCGCGCUCGCCAUCGGCCUCCUCGCCCGCGACCCGGAGAGCGUCGAGCAGAUGGUGCUCGCGGGCGUCUGCUCGGCGUUCGCCAAGGUUCUCAAAGAAGGGGCCAUGAAAGUCCAAGCAAUGGUGGCGUGGGCCGUGUCCGAGCUCGCCGCCAACCACCCCAAGUGCCAGGACGUCUUCGCCCAGCACAAUGUCAUCCGCCUCCUCGUCAGCCACCUCGCCUUCGAGACCGUCCAGGAGCACUCCAAGUACGCCAUCCCCUCCAAGGGCAUGUCCAUCCACUGCGUCGUCAUGGCCAACAACAACACCGCCAACAAUUCGACGAACAACGAUGGCCAUUCUCUGUCGGUAGAUGGCCCGGAGAUGCAGCAUCCAUUGGGAAACCAGAGCCAGAACAACAAGAACCAGAUGCACAACGUGAUCCAAACCACCAUGGCCAAGUCAUCCGGCAAGACGCACCCUACCGCCAAUGGCAACGCCAACGGGACGGCGGGCUCGAAGCACCCGCAGAAUGUCUCGCUCCACGGCACCAGCAUCAAGGGGAGGGAGUUCGAGGACCCGGCGACCAAGGCCCACAUGAAGGCCAUGGCCGCCAAGGCCCUGUGGCACCUCGCCAAGGGCAAUUCAGCCAUUUGCAAGAGCAUCACCGAGUCCAAGGCGCUCCUCUGCUUCGCCGUUCUUCUAGAGAAGGGAGCCGACGAGGUCCAGUACAAUUCAGCCAUGGCACUGAUGGAAAUUUGCGGGGUUGCUGAGCAGGAUGCUUACCUUAGGAGAUCUGCAUUCAAGCCAACCUCCCCGGCGGCCCGGGCGGUCGUCGACCAGCUACUGAGAAUUGUCGAAAAGGCUGACUACGACGACCUCCUCGUGCCAUGCAUGGUGGCAUUGGGCUGCUUGUCAAGGACAUUCCGGGCAACCGAGACCCGGAUCAUUGGGCCAUUGGUGCGGUUGCUUGAUGACAGGGAACCGGUGGUGAUGAAAGAGGCGACCAUCGCCCUGACUAAAUUUGCAUGCACUGAGAAUUACCUCCACGUUGAUCACUCGAAGGCGAUCAUCAAUGCCGGUGGGGCAAAGCACCUCGUCCAGCUCAUCUACUUUGGUGAAGAGGUUCAGAUUCCAGCAUUGAUCUUGUUGUGCUACAUUGCCAUCCAUGUGCCCGAUAGCGAGGCAUUGGCCCAAGCCGAGACCCUUACAGUGCUCGAAUGGUCAUACAAGCAGGCUUACCUGGUGCAGGAUGCGACAGUGGAGGACUUGUUGCAUGAGGCCAAGAGUAGGUUGGAGCUCUACCAGUCCAGAAGCACAAGAGGUUACCACUGAUUCAGUGAAGGACACUCAAUGGGGAACAAGGGUAAGGAAGAAGUAAGACCCAGUUCUGCUUUCCAAUCUACAGGGUCCAGGAGUGUAUAUACUUCCAGUUACAUCUGUUUAAAUUGUUAAGGUUACAGCAGAUUGAUCCACAAAACUUAUAUAUGAUCAUCAUAGUUGUUGUUUGUUUCGUUUGUGUUGGUAGUACUUGGGGUUUUGGUAGGGAGAUGGUGAUGUUUAUUUCUGUCUCAGGAGGGUUUUGUAGGCUGGAAAGUUUCAAUCGCUAUUUGUGGUGGAUAUAUAUUUAUAUUUUGAGGUCAGCAAUUUCUGCU